AUGCGCAAUAUUAAGCUCCCAGACAACCGUAAACGCAAGUUAGCUCGACUCUAUGAACAGUUCACAGUUACAGAGGUCGUCGGACGUAGCGCCUGCCGCCUGAAUACCCCAGUGGGCAUCCAUAACGUAUUCCAUAAUAUGCUCAUACGCCCCACGGCCAACGACCCAUUCCCAAGCCAGCGACAAGACGACGUACAGCCCGAUCCUAUUGACGUAGACGGCCACAAUGAAUGGGCCCUGCUGGAGAUAUUAGACGACCGCGUUAAACGAGGCAGAGGUAGAGGCGGACCACUAAAGAGGGAAUUCCUUUGCCGAUGGGAGGGAUACGCCGAACUUAGCUAG